AAAAAAAUAAAACAUUUUGAGUCUGGCCUCCCCUGCGCAUCAAAUCGGAUCGAAGGCAGCGAUCUGAGAAAUGUUUCCCCAAUUCGGGGCGGCGACGGCUGACAGUCUCAGCCGGGCCUCCACUCUUGUCUACCGGAUCGGCACUGAUGCCCAUCUCUACGACGAUCCCGAUGACGUCAACAUUGCUCCUCUUCUCGACAGCCGCUUCGACUCCGAGAAGUGCGAGGCUCUCAAGCGCCUCCUUGCCCUCAUCGCACAGGGUGUUGAUGUCUGCAAAUUCUUCCCCCAGGUAGUGAAGAAUGUGGCGUCUCAGUCGCUGGAAGUGAAGAAGCUAGCUUAUCUUUAUCUUCUCCACUAUGCUGAAAAGCGCCCGAACGAAGCUUUGCUAUCAAUUAACUGCUUUCAGAAAGACUUGUCGGAUCUAAAUCCUUUAGUUCGAGCAUGGGCGCUACGCUCCAUGGCUGGAAUACAUCUACAUAUAGUUUCUCCUCUUGUUUUAGCAGCCAUCAGGAAGUGUGCAAGAGAUCCAUCUGCCUAUGUAAGAAAAUGUGCUGCCAAUGCUCUUUCUAAGUUACUCGACUUGCUUCCAGAGGAAAAUACUGAACUUGAAGAGCUGGUCAAUAUCUUUCUAAGUGACCAUUCACUCGUAGUAGUUGGAGCUUCUGCAGUUGCCUUCAAAACAGUCUGCCUUAAAAAUCUUUCACUCAUUGGCAAACACUUUAGAAGGUUGUGUGAAGCAGUUCCAGAUAUCGAAGAGUGGGGGCAGAUUACACUGAUUGAGAUUCUUUUACGUUAUUUGAUAGCCAGGCAUGGACUUGUAAGAGAGUCUGUCAUGUUCGCUUCAAACGCUACAGAAAGUUUCCAUUCUAAUUGGGAUUCUAAUGGUCUAUCUCGUAAAUUUGAGAAUCAUAGCAGUUCUGUUGAAGAUGUUCCUUAUAACUUCAAUGGAAGCUCAUUGAUGUUAAAAAAUUACAUAGAAGGAUGGGAAGAAUAUUUAUUGCAAUGUGAACGUACAAAUGGAAAUGCUGUCGAAGAUCAAAAUCAGCAGAAGGAUGUGGUUCCAGCAUCCGUGGAAAAUGAUGAUGUGAGGAUUUUAUUGCAAUGUACACUGCCUCUCUUGUGGAGUCAAAAUAGUGCAGUUGUGCUUGCUGUUUGUGGUGUUCAUUGGAUUAUGGCACCAAAGGACAAAGUUGACAGGAUUGUAAAGCCAAUUCUUUUUCUCCUAAGAUCAUUUCCUGACUCGAAAUAUGUGGUGCUUUGUAACAUACAGGUUUUCUCCAAAGUACUCCCUUCACUCUUUGCACCUUAUUACGAAGAUUUUUUUGUACAUAGCUCUGAUAUUUACCAGAUUAGAGCUCUUAAGCUUGAAAUACUCUCCGCCAUUGCGACGGAUGCUUCGAUUCAAUUCAUUUUGGAAGAAUUCCAGGAUUACAUUAAAGAUCCAGAUAGGAAGUUUGUUGCUGACACAGUUGCUGCAAUUGGUAUAUGUGCUCAAAGGAUACCUUCUGUGGUUGAUGCCUCCUUGGAGGGGCUGUUAGGUCUUGCUUCACAAGAAUCAUCAACUAGUAAUGUAUCCCAGAAGGAUGGGGAAGCUUGUAUUUUGGUGCAAGCAAUCAUGUCCAUUAAGUCAAUAAUAAAACACAAUCCAGCAAAGCAUGAAAAGAUUAUUGCAAGAUUAGCUCGCAAGCUGGAUGUGGUGAAGGAACCAGCUGCACGUGCAUUAAUUAUCUGGAUUGUGGGAGAGUACUGCUCUAUUGGGAAAAUCAUACCUAGUAUAAUUCCCACUGUAAUGAAGUUUCUGGCAUGGUCCUUCAACUCCGAAAUGCUUGAAACUAAACAUCAGAUUCUCAACACUGCGGUUAAAGUUAUACUAAGCGCCCAAAAGGAGGAUAGAUUGAUGUUUGAGAAAAUCUUAAGUUAUAUUUUGCAACUCGCAAAAUAUGAUGUAGAUUAUGACAUUCGUGAUCGUGCCCGCAUGGCUGAAAACCUUAUAUCUCCAUGUGAGGCUGAAGACCUAAACCCUAAGUGGCAAAAUGGGAACAAUGCCGGCGAACUUUUGGAAAACAUUUUUCGGGGAAAUAAACAUUCCUCUCGAUUGCCUGAUCAUGAUUUUCGAUUUUACCUUCCUGGUUCGCUUUCACAUGUAGUACUUCAUGCUGCUCCUGGAUACGAGCCUCUUCCUAAGCCUCACAGUCUGCAUGAGAAUUUGUCGAAUGGAAUAGCUGAUGAGGAUGUGAGCAGAGCUUCAUUUGAUUCCGAGUCUUCUACCGAUGAAAAUGGAUCAUAUAAUGUUUCCGAGCCAUCUGCUACGAGUUCAAUAGAGAGUGAUGGAAAUGAGUCAGCAAGUGCUUCGCAUGAUCCAAAUAAUGAUGAAGAUAAGAAUGAAAAUCCACAUUUUCAUCCCUCUGAGUCUCAUGUUGUUAAUGAUCAAACAAGUCGAACCGCAGCGAAAAAUUUGUCAAAAUCCAUCUCUUCAGAUCUAGUCGAUUUGAUGUCAAGGACAGCAUUUGAAUCAUGGCUUGAUGAUCAUCCAGGCUUACCAUCCGAAACAAAACCGAGUAAAUCGUCCUCUACUAGAAUUUCUGUUAAUGAUCUUUGUUUUGCUAUUUCUCGUAAACUUCACACGCUUCUAGAUUCGGCGAAUGGGAAUGGCUUGAGGGUGGAGUAUUCAUUUUUAUCUGAAGCUUCAGAACUUUCCCCUUCUCUAGUAUGCAUUGAACUAUUGUUUUCAAACUGCUCAAAUGAAUUGUUAACUGGCAUAACCAUGGAAGAUGGUGAGCCAAAUAGAAGUUCUGAAGCUUCCGUGCAAGCGCUGGAGAAACCUGAAAGCUCAUUGACCGCUGAUGAUGGUUCAACUAUAAUUCCUAUAGAAGAGAUUAUAGAACUGAAUCCUGGUCAGACUGUAAAAAGAAAUCUUCAAGUUCAAUUUCAUCAUCAUCUUUUACCUCUCAAAUUAGCUGUGCUUUGCAAUGGGAGAAGAUAUGCUGUGAAACUAUGGCCAGACAUUGGUUAUUUCAUAAAGCCCCUUUCUAUGAAUGUUAACAUGUUUCUUGAAAAGGAAUCAGAGUUAAAGGGAAUGUUUGAAUGUGCUAAAAGCUGCUUGUUUGAAAGCCAUAUUGGAGAUCUGAAGCAUGAGGAGCAGAAGCAUAGUUCAUUUAGUACAGACAAGAUUCUUGUAGUCUCUCGAAGCCUGGCAUCAAAAGUACUCAGCCAUGCUAACGUCUUCCUCGUCUCCAUCGACAUGCCCGCUUCGUUCAGCGACGAUGAUGCUUCUGGUUUACAUUUACGUUUUAGUAGUGAAAUAUCUAGGAUUUCAAAACCAUGUCUUACAAGUAUAGCAGUGAUUGAAGGUAAAUGUUAUGAGCCAUUAAAUAUCUCUGUGAAAAUAAACUGUGAGGAAACAGUUUUUGGUCUUAAUCUCUUAAACAGAUUUGUAUCUUUUCUACAUUGAAUAAAGUAUCAUUGUUUAUUAACUUGA